AUGGCUCCGAGAAUGAGUUUGGGCACUCACGCCCUGCUCGUUCUGGGUCUGCUGCUUGUUCUUCUUCCCACCCAGACCUGGGCUUUUGGAGCUGGAAACAUCGCUUCGAUCUCGGCUGUUGAAGGCAAGAACUGGCGUCAUGGAGAUAUCGAGGAUAUGCUCAAAACCAUCGCUUUCAUCAAGGGCCAUAAGUGGACCUCCAUGAUGGUCAAGCGCGUGUACUUUGGUAACUGGUUGCGCGAUUACUCACAAGCUAUGGACGUCGGUACACUGAAGAGUCUCCCGGCUGAGACUAUUCGGAUCCUGGUCUGGAUUCUGUCUUUCAUGACGUUUGGCUAUGCGACGGCUGAAUUUGAAGUCACUUCAGAGAGGCUGGGUGUUUAUCGUCCUGAGGAGCAUAUUGAUAACCCUAAGGAUUACGCCGAUAAUCAGGAUGCUCGCGAGUUCGACCAACGACUGCGAGGCCCUGUCCGCCAGGUCGAGCUGGAUAUCGACCCCGAGACCGGAAUGAAGAACUACAUUGCGAACGAGGAGGGCGGAUGGGCCACCAGCUCUGCUUACAUCAAGUAUAGCUUGGCUCGCAGCAUUCAUUACGGACGCACAUAUACCCAUGGAAGCAAGAAAGGAAACGAGGAAGAUCUCUGCGAAGCGCUUCGGUGUCUGGGCCAGGGUCUCCAUACGUUGGAAGAUUUCGCAGCGCAUACAAAUUAUAUUGAACUUGCGCUUCGUGAGAUGGGUUUCCGCAAUGUCUUCCCUCACACUGGUGUGAACACUCAGAUGAAUGUCCGUGGUCACCAUGUGUUUCCGCUUGUGACUGGAACGUUCGGUAUGGUUGACUUUUUCCACUCUGUGCUGGGAGAAGCCAACGAUCACUUUACUCAGUCGGAAGUCAACGAGAUGGACAUUGCUCUCGGAGAUGCGGAGGCAAACUCCUCUGGCGGGUCCCUUGGUGCUUUCACUGGUCUUCUGGGAAAUAUCCCCGGUACAAAGGAUCUGGUGGAGGAGGCGGAGGAGCUUAAGCGUCGCUCCGAAGCUCAGGAGUCUGCGAACCGGGCUAACGAAAAUGAAAGACCUGGAGAAGAUUCCCAGUCCGGAUCGGCUCUACAGGACUUCGAUCCCAGCAAGACCAUUGCCCAGAUCUAUCCCAUCCUCGAGUUCAGAGACAAAGUUGUCCGCAAGCUUGCGUCGAUCAUCGAGAAGAUUCCUGGUUUGGAGGCAAUCGUUGAGAAGAUCACUGAGACAUUGACCGUCUUCGUCAUGUCUCUACUGGCACCGUUUAUCCGCCCCCUCAUCAACGCCGCUUCCAAGUCUUUGCAAGCUGGAUCUUCCGGAGUGAUUGAUGCCUCCGGAAAGCACCAGUAUGAGCCUUGGACUGACCCCAAUUGCACGGAUCCUACCCAUUCGCUACUCUCCAAGGACCACUUCUCCAACAUUCUCAAUGAGCCAGCUGGUCAGGUAGCCUCCGCUAUCCUGAAGUACGUUGCGCCUCGGGUUCUGUACGCUUGGCAGAACCUGGACGUCUCCGAUGACCAGGUAUUGGAAGAUUGCUUGAAGGUGUUCCACCACCCAGCGCUGCGCAACAUGAACAACGAAGCCCAUCGCACAAUGUUCAAAGCCGUGCAAGCCUGGGUUGACUCCAGACCGGACCGUGGCGCCGACCUGAACGAUGUUCUCAGCGCUGAGGGAGUAAGACAGGGAAAGAACAGCACCGGUGAGGAGGGUCAUUCACACUCACAUGGUGGGGGUUUUGGCGCUGCAGGACAUAGCCACGGAUCCCAGCAGCAGCGUCCGCCUCAGCAGCAGCAGCAGCAGCAGCAGCAACAGCAAGGCUCUUCUCCUCUCCCCUGGGAUAAGCUGUCCAGCCUUCCCAUUCCGGGGAUCUCGAACCUCAACAAGUUGAACAGCGCCUUCUCCAAUCUGAUGGUUGGUGGUGGCACGAGAGGCGAGACCGAAGAAGCAGAGAACCCAGCUCGGUAUGAGUCUCGUGAGGAGUCUCAAUAUACUACGCAUCACCAGUCCUCGCAUCAGGAGUACAGCAGCUACCAGCACCAAUACCAGAGCCAGAGUCAGUACUAUCACAGCCAGGAGCAAUCAUAUCAACCACCCCCUCCCCCUCCCUCUGACUUUGGCAACUACGGCGGCUAUGAUGAAUACAAUGGAAGUCAGCGAAGGCACCAUGGAGAACAACAUCACAGUCACCACCAUCAUCAUUAUCCAUCACCUGGUCGCACACCUCCUCCUCCGGGCCCGCCUGGAGGUUACGAGGAGCAGUCUUACAGUUCUUAUUCGAGUUAUGGACGCGGGAACGGACAUAGUCAGGACUAUUAUGGAGGGAACUAUUGA